AUGAUCUCCUUUCACAAACAUGAUGCUAGUUUGAGUCGUCAGGAUGCCUUCUUCGGCGACAACCACGACUUCAACCAGACUAUCUUCGACGAGACCCGCUCAUACUGGACCUCUCCCAUCAUCGACGUGAAGCAGGCUGCUAUGUCCCGCCAAGCACGUGUGAACACUUCCAUGGCUACCAAUCCGAAUUAUACCAUGUCGGAGCUGGGCGAUUCUUUCAGCUAUGGUGAGACGGCUGCUUAUAUCAUUGUACUGGGUGACAAGACCACCGGGAUGGUCAAUCGGUCGCUCGUAGAGUAUCUCUUCGAAAAUGAGCGUUUACCGCAGGAGCUUGGAUGGACCCGUGCGACGGAGAAUAUCACGUCUGAUGAUUUGAAUACGAUGUUAAAUAAGAUUAUGAAUGCGACGGGUGGGGAGAGCGAGUUUGACAGGGAGUUGGCGAAGAGGGGCGGGGUGCAUGUUGGGAAGUGGAGAGAGUAGAUGGGCUUUGUUCGAAGUGGGUGGAUUCAGAGUGGGUUAGAUGUUCACUAUAGAAAGUGUAUAUCGGACUGAUUAAUGGGUGGG